CGCCUGCGCCCUACCCCUAAGCCCUCAUUUCUGCUCUUGGAAGUCAAGAUUGCACCCCCAUUCCAUCUUGACUUGUCCAAUAUGGUAAACACGCGUGGCUCACGUCCCUCCAUUGAUGGGAAAGAGUCUUCGGAAUUUCCCACAUCUCCUUCCCCCCCUGUGGAGGACAAUGUGGCACCGAAACUCUCACACCCUCUCGACGACGACGGUUCUGUCUCCCCUCGCGCCACCAAGAAGCGCCGCAUUGGGUCUGAGCCUGAAGAUCUCGAACUCCCACCACAACCGGACCUGGCAGAUCAGGUUCCUGGAAACAAGAUCGAAGAGGAAUUAGCAUCGGCUUUGGGAUCAGGAGUGGUUGACACGGUGGAGCAACCGGUCGACAGCCAUGCCCAGAUUGAAACUUCUACAGAAAGCGCCGUGGCGCCCGAACCUGGCGCUGAAAUCGACACGGAUAUGGCCACCGUCAUAUCGAGCAUCAUGAAUCAUGCUGAGAGAGUCGAAGAACAGUGUGCAAUUGGUCAACAGCAGCUGACCGACACGGUUGACCAGACCGCUCCAAAAGGUCUGGUAUUCGUUAAGGCGAAUUCCCACCUCAAAAUCCAAAGCUUGCCGAUUCUUGACAAUCUGUCUACACAAAUCCUAUCGCUGCUUGCAAAGUCCACUUACCAAGACAUCACUUCGUUUGUUUCGGAACCCGAUUCAGAGAAUGGACAAGCGUACGCGACGAUGCGAUCACUCUUUGACCACACAAAGAAGGUGUAUUCUACCAAGAAGUCUUUUCUAUCUGCCACCGAGCUUGACCUCACGGAGUCUUCUCAAGUCGAUGUCAUCCGGAAGGCAAAUUUGGCAUCAUUUGUGUCCAGUAUUUUUGGGACACAGGAAAUUGGAUUCUCUGAGCUGAAUGAAAAUUUUCUCGACGUUUUUGUUCCCGAGGGUGGCCGUUUACUCAAGGUGCAAGGCGCGCUGUUCUUGGAGCUCAAGACACAAGCCUUCAUAGCUUCAAUGAACAACACUGAACGCACACGAACUGAGCUAUUAUACGAUCUAUUUCCAGAUGACCUAGAGCAAAAUCUUCUUGAUAGACGGCCUGGGACUCGCCAGCUUGCUCCGAGCGAAGCCGAUUUUGUGAAACGUGCUGGAUCGCGUCGUGAUAUCCUCCUUACUGAUAUCAACAAUGAAGAAGCGAUGAAGGCCUUGCCGGAUAAGUACCACUGGGAAGAUUUCUUGAGGGACUUGAGCUCGUAUAUUACGAAAAACUUCGAUGCGAUCAGUCACCCACAGGCAAAGAAAACAACCAAGGGCCGCCAGCCAUCUUCGUCCAAUGGUGAUUCCCAGGAUCCACCUAGUGCACCUCUUCAGGGCCAGUUUUCAGUUGCUCCCCAGCCUCAAGAUGUUCCAGUCGAUCGAAACAUGCACGGUGAUCUGGUGGCUCGUGCAGCUCGUGCAGCACAAAUUGCUCUGCAAGGCCAUGGGCUGAGACGCUCUCAGCAACAGUCCCAGCAGCAGCAACAACAACAGCAGCAACAGCAGCAGCCGCCGCAACCGCAACACCAUCAACAUCAUCAACAACCCCAGCCUCAGCAGCAACAGCAACAACCAAACCAGCAAUUACAGCAUCAUCACCAGCAUAUUCAACCGCCCCAGCAACCCCAACAACACCAGCACCAACACCAGCAAGCACCACAGCAUGCUCAGCAAGGAGGUCAGAUUCUUCAUGGGUAUUCUGCUGCGCAACCACCUAGCCAGCUUCCCCAACAAAACCCACACCAACCACAUUAUCAACAUAGUCCGACACCUCCAGGAUUUCAACAACAACCGGGGCAACUCACAUUCCAGCAAAGUCCUCUCCAAGCCAAUUUCCAACAGUACAACCCUGCUGGCGCCGUACCCAUGCCCCCAAGGCCAAAUACCACGGCAGCUAAUCAUGGUUACAUGCCUGGAAUUCCUCACUACUCUCAGUCCCAGCCCACUCAGGUUCUCUAUGAGCGCGCCCGCAUGGCAGCGUCAGCCAAGUCCUCACCGAGCAGCCGUAAAUCUGGACUUCCAAGCCAGCGUAGGCCCUGGACGACAGAAGAAGAAAAUGCUCUCAUGGCCGGACUUGACCGAGUCAAAGGACCGCAUUGGAGCCAGAUUCUGGCAAUGUUCGGGCCAGGAGGAACUAUCAGCGAAGCGCUGAAGGAUCGCAAUCAGGUUCAGCUCAAGGACAAAGCUCGCAAUCUCAAGCUCUUUUUCCUCAAAAGCGGGAUUGAGGUUCCUUACUAUCUGAAAUUUGUCACUGGAGAGCUCAAAACCCGUGCCCCUGCCCAGGCUGCCAAGCGGGAAGCGCGGGAGCGACAGAAGAAGCAGGGUGAAGAGGAUAAAGCCCACGUUGAAGGAAUCAAGGGUAUGAUGGCUCUUGCUGGCGCACACUCCCAGCAAGUCCCGAUGGCUCCCAACCCGCACGACAUGUCUGCAUCACCUGGCCUUCCAGACGCUGGUAGCCAUGCCGCGUUUGACCAGACUGCAGAGCAGAACCUGAUGCAGACUCUUGGACAAGAGGUGCAUGGGGAUCAGUUUGGACAACCCCAACAUCAUCAAGAACAUGUUGAUCCGACCAUGCACCUUCCACAAUAGAUGCUGGUGCUUCAGCGGGCAGUGUCGACAGACAUUUUGUCUGUUGUCCAACUCUCAGUCUGAUAAGUAUGAGUUCUGCUCUCGAAGAGCAAAGUGUGAAAAGUAUUUCGAGCGACAAGAUCGUCCUGUUCAGUUACCAAGGAUGAUCUGUAACAGUAAAUAUGUAUUAUCUAAAGUGGCGCCGAUAUCAGAUGAAAUAUUUUGUAAUUUUACUCUAGCCAAAUUGUGAAUUUAUCUUCUUUUAUAUAUAUAUUACCAUCAAAACCAAC